AUGGCAAGAAGGGGAAGGAGUGAAGGGGGACAGGAUUGGAUGUUGGGUACAGGAAGAAUCUCAGGAAGAAGAAGGUUGAGAUAUGAAUCCGACGUAAGAGUGCAAACACUAGCACACACCAACCAGGAGUUCAGCGAAGAUAACAUAAUGGGAAACGACAAUCUGUUUGGGCACGACCAGUUGAGGCCACAAGAAGAACACUUUCCACUGAACCGUAGUGUAAGGGAAAGGCCAGAAACAGAUGAUAGUGAGUCAAGUGUCCAAGGACCAAGACCAAUAAGGCGGAAUAACCCGAUUGAACAAGAAGUUCAUGAUCAACCACAACAAGGAUUAGGAAUGGAGCACCCUCUGAAGAUGCUUCAUGACGUGAUAGCGAGGUCCCUGCAACAACCUCAGGUGCAACCUCAGCCACUCGUACCACCACAACCUACAGUGGCUACACCGAUGUUACCAUUGAUAACUGCCAUGAAGAACAUGAAGACACCACAUUUUGAAGGAGGGACAGACCCAUUUGAAGCUGACCAGUGGCUUCGAACUAUGGAGAAGAACUUUGAGACCCUGACGUGUUCUGAAGAGUCUAAGAAAAAGAUGGCGGUGUAUUACUUAGAAAAAGACGCGGCAGAAUGGUUGGAAAGUAGGGAUCGCCAAGUAGGACAUCUGGUAACCACUUGGGCGGCAUUCAAAAAGGAAUCUAAACACCAGUAUUUCACCCCGGAGUCCAAGCGAAGGCUUCAACGUCAGUUUGCUAACCUAGCACAAGGAGACAAGACAAUUAGAGAAUAUGAAUCUGAAUUUAUGCGACUGCGACGACACGUGCUGCGAGGACAAGAUGAUGAAGAGACCAUGAUAUCUAACUUUAUGUUUGGUCUAAAACCAGAGUUGGAAAAUAGACUGACAGUCGGAAACUACGAGAGUCUCACCAAGCUAGCGGAAAAAGAUGUGAAUGUGGAGAUCGGAUUGGAAGCUGAGAAGGCGGCAAGUAAGAAAUCCAAGCAGCAUCAAGAAGGAAAGGCACAUCUCUACCCAGUGCAGCGUCAACCGUCAUAUCCCAGCUACGCCAAUCACUGUCCAUCCUCUCCAGCUCCACCUGCAAUCGCACCAGCGCCAAAAAGGCAAGCUAUAGGAGGUAGAGUUUACGCUUUAGAACUAGAUGAUCCUAAACCUCCAGGCCCAUCUACGGGUCUCAUCACAGGUAUUUGGGAACUUUACAUGUUGCGGGGCGUCCCACACAUGUAUUGUUCGACUCCGGGGCAACAUAGUUUUGUGACCCCUGAGGUAGCUGCCCAGUUUGUGGGUUCAUUUGUGAUUGACAGGAUGGAUGUGGGAUAUAAAGUUAUUCCGGGCAUGGAUUGGUUAUCAGGCUAUCGGACACAAUUAGAUUGUGGAAAAGGUCGUAUUUUGUUCAAGGAGAACGGGAAACGACAAAUAGUGUUCUAUGGGAUCAGUCCAAGCAAGUAUGUGUCUUUAGUAGCUGCCUUAGGAGUGGAAGAUUUGCUCAAGGAUGGAGAAGCGUAUCUGUUACCUCCACCUCGGAGUAACCAUUUCACAAUUAACUUGGAACCUGGAGCUAAGCCGAUAGCAAAGGCUCCUUACCGGAUGGCACCUGCGGAGUUAGCAGAGUUGAAGAAACAGCUUGAAGACUUAAUGGAGAAAGGUUUCAUAAGACCUAGCUUUUCACCAUGGGGAGCUCCGGUCUUAUUUGUCAAGAAGAAGGAUGGUAGCAUGCGACUUUGCAUUGAUUAUCGUGGAAUCAACAAUAUCACCAUCAAAGAUAAGUAUUCUCUUCCGAGGAUAUAUGAGUUGUUGGAUCAGCUAAGGGGAGCAAGGGAGCCAAGUGAGCCUUUAGGCAUGUGUGCCGUAAACCAGGCAGGUUUACUCGCACCGAUCAGACAGGAGCAACAACGUGAUGAAAAGUUAAAGAGAAUUAUUGAGAAAGUCAAGAGUCAAGAAGCUCCAAACACAAGUGGCUAUCAUGUGGUGGCAGAUGAUACGCUAUUACUUAAUGGAAGGAUAUCUGUACCACAGGGAGAAGGGCUACGAGGUGAGAUUUUGAAUUCGGCGCAUCACUCUUUACUCAAUAUCCAUCCCGGGAGUACGAAAAUGUAUCGAGAUAUCCGAAGGUAUUAUCAUUGGCCAAGAAUGAAGAAAUCAGUGACGCGAUGGGUGGCUCAAUGUCAAACUUUUCAACAACUCAAAGUCGAGCAUCAAAUUCCAGGAGGUUUGUUACAAAGCUUACCAGUACCUCAGUGGAAAUGGGAUUCCAUAUCCAUGGAUUUCAUCAGUGGGUUACCCCCAGCUCGAGGUAGAUCACAUAACGCAAUAUGGGUGAUUGUCGACAGACUGACGAAGGUGGCGCCCUUGUUGCCUAUGAAGGAAACCGAUAAGGUAGAAGUAUUGGCAGAGAUGUAUGUGGACCAAAUUGUGAGGUUGCAUGGUGUGCCAACAGAUAUAGUCUCAGUUCGAGAUCCUAGAUUCACCUCAAAUUUUUGGAAGGCGUUACAAGAAGCAGUGGGAACUAACUUAUUCAUAAGCACCGCAUAUCAUCCUGAGACGGACGGCCAAACCGAAAGAACCAUUCGCACCAUAGGGGAUAUGAUGCGGAUCUGUAUAUUGGAUUGGACGGGAAGGUGGGAAAAGCAUUUACCAUUAAUCGAAUUCUCCUACAACAACAGCUUUCAUUCUAGCAUAGGUAUGACACCAUAUGAGGCGCUUUAUGGGAGGCCAUGCAAAACACCUUUAUGCUGGAGCGAAGUUGGAGAAAGAAGAGAGUUUGGAUCCGAAAUUGUAGAAGAAACGAUGAAAAAGUUGGAGAUCAUUCAAACCAAUAUGAAGAAAGCGCAGGAUAGACAAAAGGUGUACACUGAUCAAUCAAGGAGAGAAAUGGUGUUCAGUAUUGGUGAUUGGGUUUAUCUGAAAGUGUCAGCUCAAAAAGGAAAGGACCGAUUCGGGAAAGUCGGGAAACUAGCGGUAUGA